AUGGAUCAUUAAAUACCUCCCAGUGUGAGUUUAAAAUAAUAAACAAUCUCAUAUGCUGAAUUUUAAUUAUAAAACUUUGUUAUUGAAUUGGAAUUAUAAGAUUUUUUAGGAGAUGUUGAUCCUUUCAGAAAAGAAGAUAAUAUAAUUACUCCUAAUUUAUAUCGUGUUGUAAAUACGUCAAUCGAUGAUAAGCCAAUAUCUUUAUUUAGUAGUGAAGAUGAACCAUAUAAAAUAUUAAUAGAUAAUGGUACUAUAGUUUUAAACAAUAAUUAUACAGGAACUGAUGGUCGUUUAGAAAUGACAUAAUAUUUGCUUAUUUUUGAGAGCUGA